AUCAGGUCGUAAACAUCCACCGGGUCCAAAGCGAUCACAAUAGUUGAAGCGAUCACAGUGUUUUGAAGAAACCACAAGGAGCUCAAGUGGUUUCGUCUUGUCAGUCAAGUGGUUCCUCUCUGAACAGUCUUCUGUCAAUCUAAUCUGGUUCCAUCAAACUGUGGAGUCCCCUAUAUUUUUUGUUUGGUGAUCUUCUAUAUUUUUCUUUGAUCAAGAUGUCUAUGCGCAACCGCACUCAACAACAAUUUCCCAACAAGAUCCGGUCUCCGAUCCAGCGAACGAGCAGUCGAGACAAGGGAAUUCAUGGUGCUGGGAGUGGAGGAGGAUUCACGGUCAAGGCUGCCAUGGCGGUUGUUGGCCUGGGAUUGUUGGGUCUCUUUUUGUACAUGGGAAAUAAUGGUAGCAGUAAUCAGGCUGUCGAUGCUGCCACCUCGAAUCCCAACUCGGUGAGAAAGGUCCUUCAAGAACAGCCGGCUGAUCAGGAAAAGAAACCACAGGAUGGUGGAAGCGGUUCUGGCAAAAGUGGAGCUAUUGAACAACAAAUGCGAGACCAACUCAAGGCAGAAGCCCGUAAAGCCGCCCAGGAACACCACGAACGGGAUCAGGCCAAUUUGCAACAAGCACACGACAAGGCAUUGCAGCAAAAGGGAGUCAAAGGAGUCGAAACCAACAAAAAUAAAAAUGUCGAGCACGAUAAAAAUGGAAAAUUGAUUGUCCGGGAUGCUGAGGGUGAUAUCGUACAGGAUGACAUGUUGGCCAAAGAUAUUGCUGCCGGUAGAGAUGUCGAAGGACCCAAAGAAGUAGAACAGGAGGAAACUGAUGUGGCAGUCGGGGACAAUCGAUGGAAGGAUUCCAAGAAUAUUCCAAAUUGGCUCAAGGAAUACUUUGAGUGGCACGUCGAAGUCACAUCACAGCUGGUCAAACCAAAUUGGAGAGAACAAAAAUAUCUUGUCAUGACAUGUCUGGGGGGAGAAAUUUGUGGAAAUGUGGCCCAUCGUCUGCGACCCAUGAUGGCCAUGUUGCGCAUUGCCGCCGAUUCCAAACGCAUUUUUUACAUUCACUGGGAUUUGCCCGAUCGAUUGGAAAAAUUCUUGCAUCCACCGCAGCACGGAGGCAUUGACUGGGUGGUCCCCGACUUUGUCAUGUGGAAAGUUCGAAAAUCACCACAUCAAAAUGAUAUUGAAAUCAUUGUACAGCAAGCGUACCAAGAUGACAGACGUGUGGUCAAUGUCAUGUACAAUGACGAUACUUUUGCCGAACCUUACUACAAUGACAGACGCAAGGAUGAAGAAAAGGCUGCCUCGGAAGCAUUCAAGGAUGUCUGGAAUGUUCUCUUCAAACCCAGUUUCAUGCUCACAGAACGCAUGACGGAAUCACUCCGGCUCAUGGGAUUGGAACCGGGAGAAUAUGCCACCGCUCACAUUGACUACGAAAUGGUCCCCAAGGAUGAUGCGGAACAAGAGGACCUGAGACUCAAAGUCGAGAAUGCCAUGAAUUGCAUGUCACACCUUCGACCUGGUGGACCAUUCCUAGUGGCAGCUCAAACUUAUGCUAUUGCCAGGGAAGCCAUAGUCUAUGGAAAGCAACACAAUGUCAAGGUUCAUGCCAAGCAGAUUGCUCAUGACACCAGUACAGUACCAACAGAUCUUUUCACCAGUUUUGUGGAGAUCAUGCUCAUGGCCAAUUCAAGAUGUGUGGCCUACAAUCGUGGUGGAUAUGGCCAACUUGGAUACAUGCUUGGUUACAACUACAAUUGCCGUAUCAAGUACACGGAAGGUGAAGGCGCAGAAUGCAAAUGGACGGAUCCUCUCCCGGCUACAGAAGAACGAGAAAAGAUUGCCCAGGAUGCAAAAUAGUUGGUUUUCGUACUUUAUCAAAACCGACAACAACAACAAUGACCCGUAGAGCUAAACAAAGUAGCUGGCAUUUACAUCUUCGAUGCUUUUCUUCAUCCAACUCAACAAAGCCGAAUUCUCAU